CCAUUCAUAUAUGUUACUUGUUUGCUCCAUAAGUUUCUCGUUUUUGCUAUUUCCAUUACCAUUAAAGAUUGAUUUUUUUCCCCUACCACAUCCUUUUUAACGAAUUUCAAUUUUCAUCAACUAAAAAUUUGAAAACAACCGCUCGUCUUCUCGUACAAAAACCGCCUUUUGCCUGUUUUGAAAAGACGGUGGCUUUUAUAAUUUCCGGUGGCGCCUUGUCGUCUUCGUUGCUAUUGAAGUGACAGUGUCCUACAAGUAGUAAUGGGAACAGAGAGGUGGGGUACGUGGGAGGAGCUUUUGUUAGGCGGGGCGGUUCUCCGUCAUGGUACCCGAGAUUGGAACCUCGUCGCUUCGGAGCUCCGGACCAGAACUGUUGCUCCUUUUGGAUUCACCCCCGAGAUUUGUAAGGCUAAGUACGAGGAUUUGCAGCAACGUUACUCAGGUUGCAAAGCUUGGUUUGAAGAGUUACGUAAACAGCGAAUGGCAGAGCUGAGGCAAGCUUUAGAGAAAACCGAAGACUCAAUUGGGUCACUGGAAUCAAAGGUAGAGGGCUUGAAAGCUGAGAAAAGAGAUGAUUCCCAGGUUAUUUACGGUUCCAGUCAGACAGAAUCAGCUAUACCAUGUCUUAAAUCUGAGGGAAUUGAAUUUUCCAGUAAGGACAAAUGUAAGGAUGGACUCUCUGCCGGUAGUUUCACACAGGAAGCUGAGACAACCUGGCCCCCUCAUUGUCUGAUUCCCGUUGCUGUGCCUGCUGAAGUGAUGGAUGUGAAGCAAGGAGCUUCACUGACCUCUGAGAGAGAGCAAAUUUCAAGCAUCGAUAAGUUGUUUGGUACUUUCUGUGGAGGAAGGUUUCUGAGUAUAAGGAAGAGGAGGGGGAAGAGGAAGAGAAAAGAUUGCAGCAAAAAUGCCAAAGAAGGGAGUGUUGGAGAAAGCGAGUUCCUAGACCCAGCUGAUGUUGCAAAUGCUUCAUGGUGCAAAGAAACUUCAGCCAGCAGUGAGGAUCAGAACAGAGGUUCCAGCAGUGAAGUGAUUGAUGAUAUAAUGGGAAUAUUCAGUUCUAUAGCCAAGAAUGAUUGCAUGAGUGUCUUUCGGAGAAGGCUUGAUAGCCAGAUAAAUCUCAACACGCAGGAAAGAGGGAGGUACAAGAAAAUGAUCCGGCAACACAGGGACUUUGACACUAUAAGAUCGAGAAUAGCCAGUAAGUCCAUCAUGUCGGUAAAAGAACUGUUCCGUGAUAUGUUAUUAGUUGCCAACAACGCCCUGGUUUUUUAUUCCAAGAACACUCGUGAAUAUAAAUCCGCACUACUCCUUAGACAUAUUGUCACUGCAACUUUGCAACAACAUUUGAAGGAGUACAGAAGCAAGGUUCCCUUGCAUAAGCCUCUUGCAAAGCCCCGAAGCAUUCACCCAAGUCAUCACGAACGGCUAGGAAACACUACCAACAAUGAGACUCCAGUAGUUGUGAAUUCCCGUGGAUGUAAAAACACAUCUAAUGCAGAGUCUCCUCCCUCAAUGGAAUCCUCAACGUUUUCAGCUCAGCCAAGAAAUGCGGUCUGUGGAUACGCUAUUCAAAAGUCCGAAAGUCCAACAAAAGGAAGAAAGAGGGCUCGAGCUUGUUGAUCAUGUUGUAAAAUGCAUGUUAAUCUUUUUGGACUUGUAGAACGCAGUUGGUGCUCAGUUGUCUAAUAUUAAACUAUUAGAUUUACAGGCUUGUGGGCUAGCUUUCUCAUUUUUCACGUUAAUGAGACCUUUCCAAGUGGACCUUAGCUCAUUAGGGCUACCCACUCAAAUGUUAGACUUCGGCGAAACUUUAAUAAAAUAAACAGUGGAUUUCUUGGCCGGUAGCCACGUGUUAGAGACAUAA